AUGCCUCAGAUAGUUUCAAAGCAGACCCCAGAGGAGCGGCGCAGGGGUGAAUUGGCGCUCAGCGAGUUCGCCGAUUACGUGGAGAAGGAGCAAAAGCGUCGCGCCGAACUUUCCUCUCUAAAUACCGCGGGUGCUCCUAGCGACAGCGGGUACGGCACUACCAGCCCAUCAGCGGUGACCGAGGAACAUGCGGAACUCGAUAUUCUCGAUCAGCUUGGCUUGAGCGAUGUGCCGAGUCCCACGAAACUUAAGGAUGUCCUUCUGGGGACGGCACCGACAGAAGACGAGAACAGCCUUCAGAUUCUUGCAGGGAUUAUUCAAAGACGCAUUGAUGAAGGUCAUGGAGAGACAUUAUUUGACCUCGGUCUCGAAGAUAACGGGGACUCAAUGAACCUUGAACGGGCUCAAUGGGACACGGCGCUUGGACGUCUCCAAGAAGCCGCAAAUACAAUCCCUGCUAUGUGCCGUGUACUGUUGACUUACAAUGUCGGCGGUCCUGAAGAGGCUCAAACACGCAUCGAGAGGAUGAAGGGAUGCUGCGGAAAAGUGUUGAUCCGUCAGAUUCCGGAUCGGCCUGAGGAGGUGAUUGAGACGAGGAUUGCUGUUGUGGGCAAUGUCGAUGCUGGGAAAAGUACUCUACUUGGUGUUUUGGUGAAGGGGCAUCUUGAUGAUGGUCGUGGUAAGGCGCGAGUCAACUUGUUCCGGCACAAGCACGAGAUCGAGAGCGGUCGAACUAGUUCUGUCGGCAUGGAGAUCAUGGGAUUCGACGCGCGAGGAGAAAUCAUCGGAAGCGACAAGGGGCGUAAAUUGUCUUGGGAAGAAAUCGGCAAGAAAUCAGCCAAAAUUAUUUCCUUCUCUGAUCUUGCCGGUCACGAGCGGUACUUACGAACCACUGUCUUUGGAAUGUUGAGUAGCAGCCCAAAUUACUGCUUACUGAUGGUCGCAGCGAAUAACGGUUUGGUGGGCAUGAGUAAAGAGCAUUUGGGGAUUGCGCUUGCACUGAAUGUUCCCGUUAUGGUGGUCAUUACCAAGAUCGAUAUCUGUCCACCUCAGAUUCUCCAGCAAACGAUAACGCAACUUACACGGAUCCUUAAGUCUCCAGGUGCUAGGAAGAUUCCCAUCUUCAUCAAGGAUAUGGAUGAGACCGUCAACACAGCAACUCAAUUCGUCAGUCAGCGCAUCUGUCCCAUCUUCCAGGUGUCUAAUGUCACCGGUGAGGGCCUUGAUUUUGUUCGAACGUUCCUUAAUAUACUUCCUCAUUAUGGCCAUUACAAUGCACAAGCGCCAUUUGAGUUUCUCGUCAAUGACCACUUUUCUGUCCCUUUCGUUGGCACAGUGGUAUCUGGUGUGGUCAAGUCAGGAGUCGUGCAUGCAGGCGACGCGGUGCAAAUCGGACCAGACUCUCUGGGCCAAUUCACUUCAACAGUCAUCAAGUCUAUUGAGCGUAAGCGGAUACCCGUGAAUGUAUGCUCUGCGGGACAAUCCGCCUCGUUUGCUUUGAAGCGUGUUCGGAGACGAGAAGUCCGGAAAGGUAUGGUCGUAAUGGCCAAGGCGGAGAAUGAGCCUCCUAAAGUAUAUCGAGAAUUUGUUGCGGAAGUACUCAUUCUUUCUCAUGCCACCACUAUCCGCCCCAAGUACCAGGCCAUGCUCCAUGUCGGAGCAGUCAGUCAGACAUGCGCAAUCAUCGACAUUGACCGCGCCUUUAUCCGAACUGGAGAUCGAGCACUUGUCGCAUUCCGCUUCAUCCAGCGUCCAGAGUUUUUGUCCGUUGGCGAUAGAGUAUUGUUCCGUGAGGGCCGCACCAAGGGUCUCGGUAUAGUCAAGAGUGUUGGCUACGAUCCUGCCCAUCCAUUGAGUGCGGCUGCUUCUAUAUCUGAUGCGGCUACUGGUACUACCGCUACUGCUCCUGCCAAGGACGCUCAAGAGAAAGGUAAAAGUGUGGCUGCUAAAAGUACAUGA